GCGUCAAAGUGAAACAGCUGCAUAUCUUCCAAGAAAAGCCCCCGUUUUCCGGAGGAGUCCAGGCAGAGGCGCUUGGUUAAGAGGACGAGGCAGGACAAACACCAGCAUGGCAAGCGCGGCCCUUCAGCUGCUGGGCUUCUCCCUCAGCCUGCUCGGCCUGCUCGGGACCCUGAUCGCCACCCUGCUGCCCCACUGGUGGCGGACAGCCCACGUGGGCGCCAACAUCGUCACGGCGGUGGCCUACGUGAAGGGGCUGUGGAUGGAGUGCGUCUGGCACAGCACCGGCAUCUACCAGUGCCAGGCCCACCGGUCCCAGCUGGCACUGCCGCGGGACCUGCGGGCCGCCCGCGCCAUGAUGGUCGUCUCCUGUGUGCUGUCCGCCCUGGCGUGCGCCCUGGCCAUAGUGGGCAUGGAGUGCACGCGGUGCGCCGAGGGCACCUCCGCCAAGACGCCUGCCGCCGUCUCGGCGGGCGUGGUGUUUGUCUCGGCUGGCCUCCUCUGCCUGGUGCCCGUCUCCUGGACCACGAGCGACGUUGUUGCUGACUUCUACAACCCGCUGCUGCCCAGCGGCAUGAAGUAUGAGAUCGGGCAAGCCCUCUACCUCGGCUUCGCCUCCGCGGCCCUGAGCAUCCUGGGCGGCGCGCUGCUCUGCGCCUCUGGCCCGUGCGCCACUGCCAGCGGCCCGUCUCACCCGCCACAGCCCGGCCGUGCGCCUGGGGCUGCCCCCUCUUGCAGACCACCAGCCGCCUGCAAGGGAAACCAUGCCUCUUCCCGGACAUCUGCUUCCCAUAGCGGCUACAGAUUAAAUGACUAUGUGUGAGUUCCCUCAGACUUGCCUGUGGGACACAGCUGUUUUGUGAUUCCUGUGCCUGGCAUGAAGCGGAGCUAGGAUGGCUUUUAGCUGACGAGGGUCACCGUGCAAAGUUUACCAUUGUUUGCGUCUUCCUUUCUCGCCCGAGAAAGCAAGCGCGCAAAUGCAACGCCGUUUGCUCCAAACCUGAAAAAUAAACAUGAGGGAGGCUGUAAUACCGCAGCGACUGCAAAUACCUGCCUACUUUAAAUCGGAGCUUGGCGCGUGGCCGGUUCAAGGGGAGUUCUUCUAAAAGCAGCCUUCUGGUUUAUGGGUUUUGCCCUGUGACAAGCAGUAAAGCACAGCUGGCCACAACUUGGCGUUUGAACAGUGAUCCAACAAAAAAACCCACACUUUUGUCUAAAACAGAAAACAUCAUGCUCCCGCUUAAAACAGAAGUCAUAUCCAUUCUAGCGAGGUUAAAAGGCCUGGCUGCAACAAACACGGACAAACCCCAGUUGUGAUACCUCGGCCUCCCCUUCUGCUCCAUGACCGCCACACAGCUCGAUGGCCAGCUCCAGCUCUCAGCUGCACGUGGGGUCUCCGAGACCUUAACCAAGGUAUCUGUCCUUUACCGAGUAAUCCCUUGGCCAUUGGUGGGAUCGAAAGGCAGAAGAGUAUCAAGGAAAAUGGCCAAAUUUCCUGAAACACUGAGAUACUGUUUGUGGGAAUGUGUACUUUGGACAGCCUCUACCUCGGUAGCGGGGAAAACCGGGCAGAGCAGCGGCCGAGGGCUGACACAUGCCUGAAUCUGUCUGCAUGUGUCCACUGGGUUUUUUCAGAGGCCCAUCGAAGCAGAUUUUUUUUUCUUUUAAAUUAAAUAAAUACAGCUCGUUUUGCCUCCCGCUCGCUAGAGCUAAGUGGCAGCCUGGCCUCGGCACGGAGGUGGGGCAGAGGCAUCAAGUAAUGGGUGCAGGGAGCUGAGGA